CUUUCUUUUCGUUGUUUUUCGACGUCCGCAGCACAAGCAAGAUGAAACUGAACAAGUUCGUGUCGUCGUCGCGCAGGAAGAACCGCAAGCGCCACUUCCAGGCUCCCUCCCACAUCCGUCGUCGGCUCAUGUCCGCCCCGCUGUCGAAGGAGCUGCGCCAGAAGUACAACGUGCGCUCGAUGCCCAUUCGUCGGGACGAUGAGGUCCAGGUCAUCCGCGGCCACUUAAAGACUAACCAGGUGGGCAAGGUUGUCCAGGCCUACCGCAAGAUUGUCGUCUACAUUGAGAAGAUCCAGCGCGAGAACGCCAACGGCACCAACGUCUACGUGGGCAUCCACCCCAGCAACGUGCUGAUUGUCAAGCUGAAGCUCGACAAGGACCGCAAGGCCAUCCUGGAGCGUCGUGGCAAGGGACGUCUGGCUGCUCUCGGCAAGGACAAGGGCAAGUACACUGAGGAGACCGCCGCUGCCCAGCCUAUGGAGACCGCGUAAAUUACCGGCAAACAGUCUGGAUCGCAAUCGCCUCUGUGACGUCACUGUUUACUGUUUUUACCGUAACGAUUAGUGUAAAAAACAACUAAAAAUCGCGUGUGAAAAUGGCGCCAUUCUUUACAAUAAAGAACAGUUGAUUUUUCGCAAAAAAUUGACAA